CGGCGGCUUUAAAUGCGGGCCCGGGCCGGCGCCGCCAGCACAGCCGCGCCUCUCGCUCGGGCUGCCGCGGGCGCACGUCCGCACGGACACGGACGGGCAGGUGUAGGGCCCCCGGCAUGCCCCAGUGAGCCAGCCCGCAGCCCGCCCGCCGCCACGGCUGCCCCGCAGCCCCCGCCCGCCGCCAAGCUGGAGGAGCGCCGCAAGCCCGAGCCCCGGAGGAUGGAGGACGAGGCAGUACUGGAUAGAGGGGCUUCCUUCCUUAAACAUGUAUGUGAUGAAGAAGAAGUGGAAGGUCACCACACGAUUUACAUUGGGGUCCAUGUGCCGAAGAGCUACAGGCGGAGGAGGCGUCACAGAAGAAGAGCUGGGCACAAAGAAAAGAAAGAAAAGGAGAAAAUCUCGGAGAACUACUCAGACAAAUCAGACAUAGAAAACGCUGAUGAGACAAGCAGCAGCAUCCUUAAACCACUCAUCUCCCCCGCCGCCGAGCGCAUCCGCUUCAUCCUCGGAGAGGAAGAUGACAGCCCCGCGCCCCCGCAGCUCUUCACCGAGCUGGACGAGCUUCUGGCUGUCGAUGGACAGGAGAUGGAGUGGAAGGAGACUGCAAGGUGGAUCAAGUUUGAGGAGAAGGUGGAGCAAGGUGGGGAGCGAUGGAGCAAACCGCACGUGGCCACCUUGUCUCUGCACAGCCUGUUUGAGCUGAGGACGUGCAUAGAGAAGGGCUCCAUCAUGCUGGAUAUGGAGGCCUCUUCCCUCCCACAGGUGGUGGAGAUGAUCGUUGACAAUCAGAUCGAGAUGGGGCUGCUGAAAGCCGAGCUGAAGGACAAGGUCACCUACACGCUGCUCAGGAAGCACCGGCACCAGACCAAGAAAUCCAACCUGCGCUCGCUGGCUGACAUUGGAAAGACCGUCUCCAGUGCAAGUAGGAUGUUUUCCAACCCCGAUAAUGCACGCAGCCCGCUGGAGAGCUCCGUGCCCUGCCUGGCCACGCGCACGCUGGAUGAUGAACUGGGAGUGCAGCGCAGCCCCAGCGUGGGAUGGCUCAGCAGCCCGGCCAUGGCUCACCGAAACCUGACUUCCACCAGCCUCAACGACAUCUCGGACAAGCCUGAGAAGGACCAGCUGAAGAAUAAAUUCAUGAAGAAGUUGCCUCGUGACGCCGAGGCCUCCAACGUGCUGGUCGGGGAGGUGGAUUUCCUGGAGAGCCCCUUCAUUGCCUUCGUGCGGCUGCAGCAGGCGGUCAUGCUGGGAGCUCUCACCGAGGUCCCUGUCCCCACACGAUUUCUCUUCAUUCUGCUGGGACCAAAGGGCAAAGCCAAGUCCUAUCAUGAGAUCGGCCGAGCCAUUGCCACGCUGAUGUCGGACGAGGUAUUCCAUGACAUUGCCUAUAAAGCCAAGGACCGUCAGGACCUGAUCGCAGGCAUCGAUGAAUUUCUGGAUGAAGUCAUUGUGCUCCCCCCUGGGGAAUGGGAUCCAGCCAUUAGGAUAGAGCCCCCUAAGUCUCUCCCUUCUUCGGAUAAGAGGAAGAACAUGUACUCGGGUGGGGAGAACGUGCAGAUGAACGGCGACACGCCCCAUGACGGCGGCCAUGGCGGCGGCGGCCACGGCGACUGCGAGGAGCUGCAGCGCACCGGCAGGUUCUGUGGGGGUUUGAUCAAAGACAUCAAGAGGAAAGCACCGUUCUUCGCCAGCGACUUCUACGAUGCUUUAAACAUCCAGGCCCUCUCAGCCAUCCUCUUCAUCUACCUGGCCACUGUCACCAAUGCCAUCACUUUUGGGGGAUUGCUUGGGGAUGCUACAGAGAACAUGCAGGGCGUGUUGGAGAGCUUCCUGGGCACCGCUGUCACUGGCGCCGUGUUUUGCCUCUUGGCUGGCCAGCCCCUCACCAUUCUGAGCAGCACCGGCCCCGUCCUGGUCUUUGAGCGGCUCCUCUUCAAUUUCAGCAAGGACAAUGGCUUUGACUACCUGGAGUUCCGCCUCUGGAUCGGCCUCUGGUCCGCCUUCCAGUGUCUCAUCCUCGUGGCCACCGACGCCAGCUUCCUGGUCAAGUACUUCACCCGCUUCACCGAAGAAGGAUUUUCCUCCCUGAUCAGCUUCAUCUUCAUUUAUGAUGCUUUCAAGAAGAUGAUCAAGCUGGCAGAUCAUUAUCCCAUCAACUCCCAGUUCAAGGUGGACUAUAUCACUCAUUACUCUUGUGCCUGUAAACCACUAGAUCCAGUUAAUAGCUCAUUACUUAACAGGACAAUGGUGCUGUCAGACUAUGAGCUGGUCUCUCCCUCCUCUGAGCUGGCCAACACCACCAUUGACUGGGCAGCUCUGACAGCCAAGGACUGCUUGAAGUAUGGGGGUCAGCUUGUGGGCAACAACUGUGACUAUGUCCCUGACAUCACCCUCAUGUCUUUCAUCCUCUUCUUUGGCACUUACACGUGCUCCAUGGCCCUGAAGAAAUUCAAGACCAGUCGCUACUUUCCCACCACUGCCCGGAAGCUCAUCAGUGACUUUGCCAUUAUCCUGUCCAUUUUGAUCUUCUGUGGAAUAGAUGCCCUGGUCGGUGUGGACACACCAAAACUAAUUGUGCCAAGUGAAUUCAAGCCAACCAGUCCAGAGAGGGGUUGGUUUAUCCCACCUUUUGGAGGGAACCCUUGGUGGGUGUACCUGGCAGCAGCCAUCCCUGCCCUGCUGGUGACCAUCCUCAUCUUCAUGGACCAGCAGAUCACCGCCGUCAUCGUCAACAGGAAGGAGCACAAGCUCAAGAAAGGUGCUGGAUAUCAUCUGGAUUUGUUCUGGGUGGCCAUUCUGAUGAUUGUCUGCUCCUUUAUGGGGCUGCCCUGGUACGUGGCUGCUACCGUCAUCUCCAUCGCUCACAUCGACAGCUUGAAGAUGGAAACGGAGACUUCAGCCCCUGGAGAGCAGCCCAAGUUUUUGGGAGUGAGGGAGCAGAGAGUCACUGGUGUCAUCGUUUUCAUCCUGACCGGGGUGUCUGUCUUCAUGGCUCCCAUCCUCAAGUUCAUUCCCAUGCCCGUGCUCUAUGGUGUCUUCCUCUACAUGGGAGUGGCAUCCCUCAACGGCGUGCAGUUCAUGGAUCGGCUGAAGCUGCUCUUGAUGCCUCUGAAACACCAGCCUGACUUCAUCUACCUGCGCCACGUCCCGCUGCGCAGGGUCCACCUCUUCACCUUCCUGCAGGUGGUGUGCCUGGCCCUCCUCUGGAUCCUCAAAUCCACCGUGGCUGCUAUCAUAUUCCCUGUCAUGAUCUUGGCCCUGGUGGCAGUCAGAAAAGCCAUGGACUACCUCUUUUCCCAGCAUGACUUAAGCUUUCUUGACGACGUCAUUCCAGAAAAGGACAAGAAGAAGAAAGAGGAUGAGAAGAAGAAGAAAAAGAAGAAGGGCAGUAUGGACAGUGACAAUGAUGAUUCUGACUGCCCCUACUCAGAAAAAGUCCCAAGUAUUAAAAUACCAAUGGACAUCAUGGAGCAGGAACCUUUCCUAAGUGAUAGCAAACCUGCUGACAGAGAAAAAUCACCAACAUUCCUUGAACGCCACACAUCGUGCUGAUACAAUUCCCUUCCUUCAAUCACACGCCAUGCCAAGCCCUCCACGAACUCCAGUAAAAGUUGUGCCUCAAAUUAGAAUAGAACUUGAGCCUGAAGACAAUGGUUAUUUCUGGAGGAGCAAGGGAACAGAAACUACUUUGUAAUUUGUCUGUCUGUCUGAUUUUUUACGAAUUCAUUCUGUUACUAGCCAAAUGUUCAGAAGCUCCCUGCUCCCCCCAGCGAAGGUAACCGAGCCCCCGCUGCCCCUCCCUGCGGGGCUGCCCGGGACUGGGAUGUCCCCGGGGGGCUGCCCGGGACUGGGAUGUCCCUGCGGGGCUGCCCGGGACUGGGAUGUCCCCGCGGGGCUGCCCGGGACUGGGAUGUCCCCGCGGGAGCGCCAGAGGCACUGGCUGCUGUCAGCCGCUGUCUGGCAGAACAGAGCUGACCUCCAGGCUGAUUCUUGGCUGCUCCCCGAUAUCUGCUGGAACGUGCUGCUAACCCUCACGUGCUCUCACCUGUAGAUAAAAGAGAAGGUACUUCACUCCCGGCACAGACAGACCAUUGCCAUCGCUGUAGCAUGUUUGGAAAUGUCCCUUUCCUAUGCAAUUUUUUUUAAAGAAACACUUUAAUGGACUUAAUCCGUCAGGUACAUGGAAGAGUGUUAUUUUCCUAGAUUAUUUUGUUUAAAUUAUGGGGGCCUAACCUAUGACUUUUUUUUUUUUGACAAUUUUUUUAACCUUUUUUUAAUUACUGUAAAGAAAAAUGAAUUUUUUUCCUGCAGCAGGAAACAUAUAGUUAUGAGUAGUUCUACCUCUUAUUUCUAGAUGCCAGGCUUUCUGUAAAAAAUGUAUUGUACCAUAUAUAAUGUGAUUUUUACAAAAAACAAACCCACGACGUCACACCACAAUCUCCAGGACGUGGCAUAGGGCUGGAUAAGUUCAAUUAGCACCUCCUGCUCCGAAGCAUCUGUUUUUCUUAGGGUUAAGUUGGUUUUUGGAGUUUUUGUCAUGAGCAGUCCCUGCUGUGAAAGAGACUUAAAUCUCUUGUGAUCUUAGAAGAGUCUAAAUGGACAGGUGCUGGUUAUAUCCUUGUUGUUGAUUUCUGACGUGGGAUCCCUCCGUGACUUUCUUGGAGCACCGGUGUGUGCAGUGAGAAGACCCCAGGUGUGCCUCAGGCACAGUGCACGAGGAGGAAGAUGAAGGUGGCCUGCUGGGAUGCCCAUCCUGACACUCGGAUUCACAGACAUCCCCCUCCUCCUGCAUCCCACCCCUGUGUGCCACCUACAGAGCUCACCCUAAACCCGGCAGCGCAGCAAGGCUAAGCAGGCCAGGCACGGGCAUCCCAGGAUUUUGGGGUGGAGCCAAGCGAGUGAACAUCGCAUCAGGAGAGAGGUUUUUCUCUCUGUAGCAUGUUCAUGCUGGAAUGUGCAUCUGCAGGCACGUUUGGGCUUCACCAGGACACAGGGAACGCACUAAAAGCUUCGUCCAAAAAUAAAAAACAGAAGAAGAAG